AUGGCGGCAGACAAGCUAAUUAGUGCCGAGGAAGUGCUCAAGCACAACACCCGCGACAGUUGCUGGGUCGUGCUAUACGACCAUGUCUACGACGUGACGGAUUUCCUGUCCGAGCACCCGGGCGGCGCAAAGGUGAUCCUUCAGCUCGCCGGUCGCGAUGCCACCGAAGAGUACGACCCUAUCCACCCGCCGGGCAUCCUCGAGGAGAACCUCAAGCCCGAGGCCAAGCUCGGCAAGAUCGAUCCCCAGACCAUUGUCAGCACCACGCCGACGACCACGUCAGAGAGCAGCAGCGCAAAGUUGGAACAAGAGGCGGACCCGCCGCUCGAGAGCCUCUUGAAUCUCGACGAGCUCGAGACGCUGGCUACCAAGAAGAUGCCCCACAAGGCCUGGGCAUACUACUAUUCGUCAAGCGACGAUACGUUUUCAAAGAGCUACAACAACCAAGUCUAUAGAAAUAUCCUACUCCGGCCACGAGUAUUCCUCGAUUGCGUCAAGUGCGACUCGUCUACUACUUUAUUAGGGCACAAUGUGGGACUGCCGCUGUUUGUGGCACCGGCGGCCAUGGCGAGACUGGGCCAUCCCGAUGGCGAGGCCGGCAUUGCCCGGGCGGCGGGCAAGUUUGGUGCCCUGCAGAUCAUCUCGAAUAAUGCGUCCAUGACGCCGGAACAGAUUGUGGCGGACGCGGCGCCGGGGCAAAUGUUUGGCUGGCAAUUAUACGUGCAAAACGACAGGAAAAAGAGCGAGGCCAUGCUGGCGCGCAUCAACAAGAUGUCGGACAGGUUCAAGUGCAUUAUCCUGACCUUGGACGCGCCGGUCCCGGGCAAGAGAGAGUUGGACGAGAAGCAGAGUUUCGUCAACGCGGCCCCCGUGGCCGCUGCCGCAAAAACAUCCGACGAGCCGAGCCGGCCGGGCGGAGGCGGCGUCGGCCAACAGCUGUUCUUUGGUACGGCGGCGGACUUGACGUGGAAGGUGACCCUGCCUUGGUUGGCCCAGCACACGAACCUGCCGAUUGUACUCAAGGGGUUGCAGACACACGAGGACGCCUAUAUCGCGACCAAGUAUGCGCCACAGGUUCAGGCCAUCAUCUUGUCGAACCACGGAGGACGUGCUCUAGACACGGCACCUCCUGCAAUCCACACGCUCCUCGAGAUCCGCAAGUACUGUCCCGACGUCCUCAAGAAGAUUGAGGUUUGGGUCGAUGGCGGCAUCAAGCGUGGAACCGAUAUUGUCAAGGCAUUAUGCCUUGGUGCCAAGGGCGUAGGUAUUGGCAGAGCGGCUCUGUUUGGCUUGGGUGCCGGUGGUCAGGCAGGAGUCGAGCGGACGUUUGAAAUUCUCAAAGGGGAGAUGGAAACGUGCAUGAGGCUCCUGGGUGCCCCAGAUGUCAAAUCGCUUGGUCCACAACAUAUCAACACACGCAUGGUUGAGCGUGAUAUUUACGACGGUGACUCCAAUUUGGAGAAUGGCCUAUGGGCCCCAAAGGCAAAGCUGUAG